UGCUCCAAUUUAUCCUCAUCUGAGGCGCGUUGCAUGCCAUUGCAAAAGCGAGUACUACUAUUUAUUUGUGAAAAAUGUAGAAAGUUCAUAGCAAGAAUGCCCUAUAUAGUAAAGUUGAUUGAAGAUAUGAAGAAAGAUAUAGAAGCUUUAAAAAAAACGAAUCACCUGAAAGAAACCUAUGCUGAUACUCUUAAGACUGCAGUAGUAAAAAUGCCGAUUGUAAACACAAACUUGCCAACUUUGAUUAUUAAGCCUAAAAUUGCUCAAAAUACUGAAAAGAGCCGGAAGGAGAUACAAAAAUCUAUAAAUCCAAUUAGUUUAAAUAUAGGUAUAAGAAACCUAAAAGAAACCAGAAAGGGAAAUAUAGUGCUAAAGUGUGACACUGAGGGGGAAAUAGGGAGGUUAGAAGAAGAAAUAGGAAAGAAAUUGGGAGGAAAAUAUGAGACUGAUAGACCUAAAAAAGUGUUUCCAAAAAUAAAAAUAGCAAAUUAUACUGGAGGAGAAUCAUCGGAUGUACUGGAAAGCAUUAUAAGAAAGCAAAACCCGUGGAUUAACAGAGAUGAACAUCUAAAAGUAACAUUUAUAAGAAAAUUUAGGAACAAAUCAACCUUAACAAUUUAUGCUGAAUGCUCGGGAAGUUUGUAUGUUAAAAUGUUAACUUAUGGAAAAAUAUACAUUAACUGGGAGCGACUACCUGUGUAUGAAGAUCUUACGAUAUCAAGAUGCUAUCAAUGUCAGGGUUUCAACCACAAAAACAAUAAGUGUACACGAAAACAAGUAUGUGGAAAUUGUGCUGGAAAUCACGUUACAACUGAAUGUGAAAGUGAAACUAAAAGAUGUAUAAACUGUAUGACUGCCAACAAACAAUACAACACUGAAUAUGAAAUUGAUCAUAGUGCUCUAGAUGCAAGUUGUCCAUCGCUCGAAUACCACAUAAAACUCCUAAGAAGCAAAACAGACUAUAAUACUUAGUCACAUGGUGAAUCAUUUGCAGGAUGAAGUUCUUAAUUUAAUUAAUGAAGAUAAUGAUCUCAGAAGUAAAAGCGUGGAUAUUGCUGAAAUGGAGGAACUGCUGUCUAAUGAUGAUUGUUUUUUAAGGAUAAUUCAUUUUAAUAUAAGAAGCGUUAAUAAAAACAUUGACAGUUUACUUACUUUUUUAGAGUCAUAUAAUUUGAGGUAUAUGGAUAUUGUUAUAUUAAGUGAAACCUUUCAACUUGCCACUACAACAAAUUGUAAUAUACCGGGAUAUCAAAUUUUUUAUAACAAAGCAAAAUUUAAUAAGAAUGAUAGUGUUAUGAUUUUAGUUAGGGAGGGUAUUGUUGUUGAUUUUACUAUUAGGUUUUUGAAUAUUUCCCGGGCAACGCUAGGAAGAAUAACGUUUCAGAUAAAUGAUAUAUCUUUUGGGUUGACGGCAGUUUAUAAGCCCCCACCCAUACCAAAUAAAGACUUUACAAAUGACAUACAUAGUUUUCUGGGUAAUGAAACAAGGGCGAAUAUUGAAAUUUUUGUAGGAGACAUUA